AUGGCGAGCUCAUCCCACAAUCCUGCAAUUCUACUAAAAAGGCUAUUAUCCUUGAGUGAACCCACUCCAUUGGUGUUGUGUGUGGACGCUAUUUCCCAAACCUCCUCAUAUUUGAUAGAAGAAAUUAUAUAUAAUAUUAAUGCCAAUGUGUCCAAUAAGGAAAACGUUAUUGUAUAUGUUAGCUUCGAAACAAUCAAUAAACCAAUUUUUGCGACACAUUUUAUUGAUGGGCUUGGUUUAAAUAUUCAAGAACUGAUCUCAAAACUGAAAACUUUUAUACCUGCACCUUCUGAAGUGCAGACGAAAGAUAAAUACAUUGUGAUGUUCGAUUCUUUGAAUUACUUGCCUAAUGAUAAGUUAACACAGUUUAUUUCUUCUAUAGCAUCUCCAAACUUAUCUGUGAUCGGUACUUUCCAUAAAGAUAUGUCUGAAGUUCCAGCCAAGGACUUGUCACUUCAUUACCCAUCAAGUUUGGAAUUGUUAAAGUUUAUGGCGACGACUAUUUUUGAGGUGAACCUGUUACCAAAUAUUUCAGUAGAAGAUGAAGAGUUCCAUAAUGAAUUAUCUAAAUAUUCCAUAAUACGUGGAGCCAACAACAAAAUCUUUUUAUUAUCGGUCAUUAAUCGUCGAAAAUCAGGGAGAUCGAUAUCCUAUGACUUCCAAGUUGAUCAUGAUUCCCAUAUAUAUGAGGUUACUAAAAAUAUAGAUGACAAUAAUGGUUUAACGAAUGAAACACCAGAAAUGUUACAAGGUUUAACUACGUUUAAUCUAUCGACCUCAGCUAAACAAAAGAAGGCCAAAGAUGAAGUCGAAUUACCGUUUUUGGAAGCCCAGUCAUUUAACACAGGCGGUGCCAUUGUAUAUGAGUUUGAGAAGGAUGAUGACUUUGAUGAAGACGAUCCCUUCGAAGAUCCAUUUUAA